UUGCCUGUUCUCCAACAUUUAAACAUGUCUGUGCAACUUUCCCCCCCCAACGUUUAUGGAAAUUUGGGUAAAUUCAGAAAAGAGACAGAUGUGAACAUUUUUUCAGGAGUGAUUUAUGAAAAUUACCCGAAACCUCAAAAAGAGGAAAAACUAAAGACCGAUGGAUCUCCUAGAGAACCUGAAAUCAAUGUUCCUAGCGGUAAAGAAGCAAAAUCUUCUUCUUCCCGUCUGAUGCUGUUGGGUUUGGGGAUACUUUGUCUCCUCCUGGUGGCGAGCAUCAUUAUCAUCAGCUGGAUCAGUGUAGAACUGGUAAAAAAGGAAGAAAAGGUGAAAAACUGGGAAAACCAGACAAAGCACCUAACCCUGGAAAAUAUCAUGUUGGAGAAUGUGACUGAGGAAACAAUCAGACGAAACGAUGAGCUGAACAGGAUGAGGGAAGCCAUUCUAGCUUUUGAAAACUUCCCAGUAAAAGACUUCUGCCCUGAAAAAAGUGAGCAUCUAUAA